CUCAUUCCUCCCUCAUUUCCCACUUUAAGCCUUUCCUCUAUUUUCACAACUGCACUUUUUUAAAAGAGUUUCAUUUCAUUUUUUUCUUUAAGAAGAAAAAUGUGGGUUUUGUGUCUUGGAGCAUUGGUUACUAUAUGCAUUAUUACACGUUGGGUUUAUAGAUGGAGAAAUCCUAGUUGCAAUGGAAAACUACCACCAGGUUCAAUGGGUUUACCUCUUUUAGGUGAGAGCCUUCAGUUUUUUUCCCCCAACACUUCUUGUGAUAUUCCUCCAUUCAUCAGGAAGAGAAUGAAAAGAUAUGGACCAAUCUUCAAGACAAACUUGGUUGGAAGACCAGUUGUAGUGUCCACAGACCCUGAUCUUAACUACUUCAUAUUCCAACAGGAAGGGAAAAUAUUCCAGAGUUGGUAUCCAGAUACAUUCACAGAGAUAUUUGGGCAACAAAAUGUAGGUUCCUUACAUGGUUUUAUGUAUAAGUACCUUAAGAACAUGAUGCUCAAUUUGUUUGGUCCUGAAAGUCUUAAAAAGAUGAUCUCAGAGGUUGAACAAGCAGCCUGCAGAACAUUACAACAGGCGUCGUGUCAGGACAGUGUCGAGCUGAAGGAAGCAACAGAAACGAUGAUAUUUGAUUUGACUGCAAAAAAACUCAUCAGUUAUGAUCCAACCGAGUCCUCCGAGAAUUUAAGGGAGAACUUUGUUGCAUUUAUACAAGGACUCAUCUCAUUCCCUCUCAACAUUCCAGGAACAGCUUAUAACAAAUGUUUGCAGGGUAGAAAAAAGGCAAUGAAGAUGCUUAAGAACAUGCUGCAGGAAAGAAGGGAAAUGCCUAGGAAACAACAGAUGGAUUUCUUUGACUAUGUUAUUGAAGAACUUAGAAAAGAGGGAACACUCUUAACAGAAGCAAUAGCUCUGGACCUCAUGUUUGUGCUUCUCUUUGCAAGCUUUGAAACCACUUCUCAGGCCCUUACUUAUGCCAUCAAAUUACUCUCUGACAAUCCCUUGGUGUUCAAGCAAUUACAAGAAGAACAUGAAGCCAUCCUUGAACGACGUGAGAAUCCUAACUCAGGAGUCACAUGGCAAGAAUAUAAAUCAAUGACAUUUACAUUUCAGCUCAUAACCGAAACUGCAAGACUUGCAAAUAUAGUUCCAGGAAUCUUCCGGAAGGCACUAAGGGAAAUUAAUUUUAAGGGAUAUACCAUACCAGCAGGAUGGGCAAUCAUGGUGUGUCCCCCAGCUGUACAUUUAAACCCUGCGAAAUAUCAGGAUCCUCUUGUCUUCAACCCAUCUAGAUGGGAGGGAAUGGAACCGAGUGGUGCUACCAAACAUUUCCUGGCUUUUGGUGGAGGCAUGAGAUUUUGUGUUGGGACAGAAUUUGCUAAGGUUCAGAUGGCAGUUUUUCUUCAUUGCUUGGUAACAAAGUAUAGGUGGCGACCCAUCAAAGGAGGGAAUAUUGUUCGAACUCCUGGUUUACAAUUUCCAAAUGGCUUUCAUGUCCAGAUCACAGAGAAAGAUCAAAAGAAGCACGAAUCAGAAUGUACAACUACAUAUUAGAACACAAAACCUGCAAGAAAGACUCAUGGUAGAAAUUUAGACUUGACAUCUCAAUUAUUCGACAUUUUUCAAGACAAAAAUGCAACAUUUUUGUUACGUAAGCCACAAAAGUAACAAUAACGGCCUCUUAAUUUAAAGUCACUUAAAAACUGUGAUCUGGAGUUUGCCUUACUAGGGAAGUGAGGGUGGUAUAAAAAAGCAUGUAUCAGAGUUUGACUUUGUAAUUACCAAGGCAGUGAGAGAGGGGAAGGGAAGUUUCACUUUGUAAGAGUGUAAAUGUUUCAAAUUAUAUAUUACCAAAAAAAAAUGUUUCAGAUUA